AUGCUGGCGCACCCAUUUGCGGGCUUUACCUUGCUCGUUGACCCCGUGCAUUCCACCCUUUCAGGGGAGAGGGGAACGGGAACAUUUGGACGCGUCUACUUGACAAGAUCGCAACAUGAUCAAAAAUUUUACGCAAUGAAGGUGCUUAAAAAAGUAGAAGUGGUGCGGUUGAAGCAAGUCGAACAUAUCAAUUCUGAAAAGCAGAUUCUUGCACAAGUCAAUUUUCCGUUCAUCGUCAACCUACAUACAACUUUUCAGGACGACCGUAAUUUGUACAUGCUACUAGAAUAUGUUAUUGGGGGUGAGCUCUUUUCACAUCUACGAAGAGCAGGUCGAUUUUCGAACGACAUGACAAGAUUUUAUGCGGCAGAAAUCGUCUUGGCCAUUGAAUACUUGCACGCGAGGGACAUCAUCUAUCGCGAUUUGAAACCAGAAAACUUGUUGCUAGAUAUCAAUGGACAUAUCAAGAUUACUGAUUUUGGAUUUGCUAAAAGAGUGCAGGAUAGAACCUGGACAUUGUGUGGAACACCCGAAUAUCUGGCACCAGAGAUUAUUCAGUCAAAAGGACAUGGCAAGCCGGUGGAUUGGUGGGCGCUUGGUAUCCUCAUUUUUGAAAUGCUUGCAGGAUAUCCGCCUUUUUUUGAUGACAAUCCAUUUGGGAUUUAUGAAAAGAUACUAGCAGGACGCAUAUACUUCCCAUCGCAUAUUGAUUCUGCAGCAAAGGAUCUGAUCAAAAAACUAUUAACAUCCGAUAGGACCAAACGUCUGGGUAACCUUAGGGGCGGGUCAGAGGAUAUCAAGAGUCACAAGUGGUUCAGGGGUGUGGAUUGGGAAGGGUUACGCGAAAGGAGAGUAAUAGCACCAAUAGUGCCACUUCAUCGUCAUCCUGGCGAUACUAGCAAUUUUGAAAAUUACCCCGAAGUAAUUGAUGAAGAUGCAGGGCAGCAAGGUGAUCCUUACAGAUCCCUAUUCCUCGACUUUUAG